AUGCAUUUCAUGGACAGAUUGGAUGACGAAUCACUGCGUUCGUUGGACAGAUCUAUUGACACUGUAAUAACACUGGAUAUAGUCUCCCUACAAGUGGUGGCGGCUGUCACAUUCUUCAGCUCCGCCUGGAAGUAUCCGAAACUUGUCAGCGUAUUUGACACUCUGGAACGCGUCUACCUAGAACUCCAGCAUAAGACAUCAGAUGUCAAGCGAGCAGUUAAACUUUUGGGAAUCUACGCUGUUGCACUAAUGUUAGUCACUAUUUUUAACCGAAUUGUUCUUAUGAACCACAGCGGGACAAGUUUGGAACAAGAAGUUUUCUUUACAAUAUCCUUCGUCACCAUUGUACUGCUGUACUUCACCCAAGCCGCCCUGCUCGUCCACUUCACGCAUGUGACUCAAAGUAUCGCAAAGUCCUUUGAAAUGGUCAACGCCAAGAUUGAGAUGGAAGUCACAAGCCCUGCCAGUGUUGAUGGCACCCACACAAGAUGCAGUAUGCUUUCUAAAAUCAAGAAACUGAGAACACUGAUGAACACCUACUGGAUGCUAUGUGAUGCCGUACACCAGGCUAAUGUCUUCUACUGCGAUCAGCUGAUGGCCGUUACCUUCUCCUCAUUUCUCCACAUCACUGUCACGUCUUACUACUUUUUCCUGCUCCUCAAAACUGCUAAAAUACUCGUGAUAACUAAUGAGGGAGCUGGGAUCCUGCUUAACAUCUGCUACGUAAUUCUGUUGCUAAACUCAAGCACGGUCGUCACCAAUAAGGCUGAUGAGACAGGACAGACUAUCUGCAAGUUGAUCAAUAAGGACUUGAACCCGAAUCUGAGAAAACAGCUCGAAGGGUUUCUCCUGCAGUUGCCUCACCACAAUGCAAGAUUCUCUGCUCAUAGAUUUUUCCCGCUCAGCAACAAGACCCUCACAGCGAUGGCUGGAGCGGUGACAACUUACCUGGUGAUACUGAUCCAGUUCCAGACUGAACCAUCAUCCACCUAG